GCAAACCACCAAGAGUGAUAAACUGAAACAUACGGUAAAGAAAAACACAUGGGCAAGCUGAGAAAAAAACAGAUAACUCCACACAGCAGAAACAUCUCUUCACGUCCAUGAGUAUUUUAAAGCAAACCUCCCGACGCGCUCCAUAGGAUGUUAAUAUACAAAGAAAAAAGCAUCAGAGGUGCAUGGAAAUGGUGGUUUAUAUGCACCCUUCUCUCGCUUCUACAUGGAGCAAUAUCCAAAAGCAGUACAACCCUGGAUAUUAUGACAAAAUAUCCACUAAUUGAUGGACACAAUGACUUGGCACUACGUCUGAGGAUGCACUAUAAAAACCAAUUGAACAAUUUCAGUUUACAUAACAUUUCUAAUGUGGCUACAGAUAUUAGACGCCUCACUGCUGGUCAUGUUGGAGGACAGGUGUUUGCAGCGUACGUGUUGUGCACGGCUCAGGACAAAGAUGCUGUCAGACUGACCUUGGAACAGAUUGAUGUAAUUCGUCGUAUGUGUACUGAAAACCCAGAGAUGGAACUGGUCACCACAGCUGAAGGAAUGAGGAACAGUACAAAAAUCGCAUGUCUAAUCAGUAUCGAGGGAGGCCACUCCAUCGACAGUAGUUUACCAGCACUACGCAUGUUCUACCAGCUUGGAGUAAGAUCCAUGGCCCUCACACAUACCUGCAACACCCCAUGGGCUGAGAGCUCAUCUAGUUUUUACCCAAAUUACCAGCGGAAGAAUAACAGCCUGACAGAUUUUGGCAAGGCAGUGGUGAAUGAGAUGAACAGGUUGGGAAUGCUGGUUGAUCUGUCCCAUAGCUCGUGGGAGACAGCCAGAGCUGUGCUGAAAAUUUCUGCUGCUCCAGUUAUUUUCAGCCACUCCUCAGCCUAUGCUAUCUGUAACAAUGUUCGCAACGUACCUGACAACCUGCUGAUGAUGCUGAAAGAAAAUGGCGGGCUUAUCAUGGUGAACUUCUACAGCAGUUUUGUAGCAUGUUCAAAUAACGCAAAUGUGUCUAUUGUGGCUGAUCAUUUUGAUCAUAUAAAGCGGGUGAUUGGAGCGGAAAGCAUUGGGAUUGGAGCAGACUAUGAUGGGGCACAAGGAUUCCCUAAAGGCCUGGAGGACGUCUCCAAAUAUCCAGCACUAAUUGAGGAGCUGAUAUCAAGGAACUGGACUGAGGAAGAGCUGGCUGGAGUGCUAAGACUGAACUUCCUCAGAGUGUUCCGAAAAGUUGAGAAGGUACGGGAUGAUUUGCUGCAAAUUUCACCCAGUGAGGUUGAAAUCUCACUUUCGGAAGUGAACAACAGCUGUCGUGUGAUGCUGAUCCAGCCGGUCUUGCCUAAAAGAAGCCACGGAAAUGGAAAUGCUCCAUUGAUGCCAAUGAAAGCUUUAAUCUGCUUCAUCUUACUUUGGAUCCAGUUACAGUAA